CUCCGCGUACUACUGCGUCCUGCUAUUCUGGCCAAAAGAUCUUAACAGUACGAGCGCGUCUGGCUGAGCGCAGCUCGCGAUGACAAGUUUGCCUCAUUUUCCCACGGUCCCACGGAAUCGCCAUUGCAAACCAAACGCCUGAAACUCCUCUCACACAACCGACAGGCAUGCCUGCGCACUCCCGGAUCACGGACGUCAGCGGUAGCCGGCCCCAAAAGGACUCGGACGCGCCAGAUCCAGCUUACGAUGCCGAUCUCCAUUGGCUGCAUUGCGGGAGAUGUUUUUCCCAUGAACACGCUUUUCGGUGUCCAGUGGGUGGAGUGCCCCGAGCUGUCGACGACGUACCGGGCACCACGACGUACUACGUUACGAAUUGUGCUCAUAUCGUAUGCAAUAGCUGCCUCCUACAGGAAAACAGCGAGAACGUCGCGGCAUUGUCGAACGACGCACAGGCGGAGCUUCUGUGUCCAAUAUGUGGUCAGAAAACGGCUGUCGUAGAGCUGAGAACGGAGGUGCCAGAGGAAGUUGAGAGGAUCUUUAUUCCCGCGAUAGUACAUUUAGAGGACGCAGUCAAAGUUUGGCAGUUUCAAAAUGGGAACGCUGUGAAAUUGCUGCGGCACCUAAAAAUAAAAAACAUGGAAUACAGUCGAAAAUACCGAGAAGCGACGAGAGCUCUGCAGAAGGCGAAGGACGAAGUGCGGCUACAGGAUCAGGAAAUUCGGCUUCUCAAGGAGGAGCGGGAUCGGCUCAAGAGCGGAGGAGGACAGAAAACUCCCGCCACAUAUGUCAGUCCGCACAGUGGAACGCCGGGGAAGAAUAGCACCGGAAGACCUCAAAGUAGUCGAUCUGUUUGCAGUUCUCCAAGUGGACGGCCUAAUGUGCAAACGCCAAACCCACCGCAACGACUGAGCCUUCCGUCCAAUGCCCGCGACAAUACAACAAUACGACAGAACGGGAGUUCAAGGUUGAACUCAAUCCGUGGAAGUGGGAACUGGGGCUCGACGCAUGGCGGACCGGAGCCUAUGGAUAUGCAGCAAGCCCAGCCCGAUUUCAUGACGUCUCAACGGCGUAACUCCUCUAAAGCCCCACAGCAGCCGGUGUACUCAGAUCUACCAGUCCAUAAUUCAACAAACUAUGCGAGACAGCCGAUGAAUCCUAUGCAGGCUCCGCAACCAGAUCAAUGGUCGAUGAACGCGAUGCAGACCGAUGGGGCCUUCUACCCAUCGGGACCCACAUAUUCGUCGUCUUUCGUCAUGCCCGCUCCUUCGAUGGCGCCUUCACGCUCCGCGGCGACACCUUUGCAUCAUCUCGGAGCAUUCAACAACCUCUCCCCGGAUUUGGACUUCGGCAGAACAAUCCAUAUGCUCAACUCGCAAUGGGCCCACCUGUCGACGCGCAAAGGCCGAUGUCGAGUGCCGGUUUCGCAUACGGUCGUAGGCCAUUAACGCGCAAUCGGGGUUCCUUUCCUCAUGGCGGCGGGGGAUCAGUUUACUGACAUUCCUGUAGCUA